CUACUGCAUUCUUGGCGAAUUUCAUCUUCAAUUCCUGGAGUAUUUUUUCAAUCGAGCAGAAGGAGUAGACAAGGGCAACGAGAUUACGUAUCCUCGCGCCAUCUGAAGCAGCAGCCUCGAUUUGAGACGUUAUUUGAUACGAGAUUGGCGACUGGAAUUGGAAAACAAAGGGCAGCGAAUUCCGUGAACUACCUUAUUAUCAACCCAGGGAAAGGCUUAUCAGAAAACAACAAGGCUAAAAACUGAUUGACUUGAAGCCGUCGAUCUAAAGGUGAGCUGCCAGACGCGGCUCCAACUCCCCACGGCUCUUUGGCCUCAAGGCUAGUCAGCUUCAGCUGGGCCUAACUCAUUUAAUCUCGGCCCAAGAAAAUGCCUUAAGCAGCAGCAGCCCAUAUACCUUAGCAUAACCAACUUCUCGGUCUCUCCCUUCCCUCCCAGCCGUGCCGUUGCCCUAGCUCAAUGGGCUCCAUGAAUUUCGGCUCUUCACCAGCAAGCCCUGAAGAUCCCGCUUUUUAAACGCCUCUCAAGCUCAGCCACCUCUGCCAUUUAGCUCCCUUCGAAGUUCACGCAGGGUGUCCCAAAAAUCGCCCAGCGAUUUCCCGCGGGGAGAAGAGCACCACUGAGGAGAGCCACCAGCCGGCAGCCGUGAGCAGCUCCGUGGAAAAGCAGGCCAAAAACCGGCGAAUAAGGAGCAUCACUUUCCGGCGAUAGCAGCAGCAAUUCGGCAAAGCAAUCAGCGGUUCAGCCGAGCUUUCUCCGGCGAAAAGAAUCAGCUCUCAUCCGGCGACAGGGGCGGCACUCUUCCACGGCAAAGACGUGGAUUCUCGUGCGGCGGAGACGAGUUUCGUGUGGCUGAAGAGUACUCAUAUCGAGAACACCAAUUCAGGCGACCGUAAGCAUCAGACCUCCGGCGAGCAGACCUGGACGGAUCGAGAGUCGAACCAAUUUCAGCAAGACCCGAGCCGCAGCAACUGAGCCGACAACUUCCCUCUUACAGUCUUAGUACUCCCUCUUUUUUAUACCUGAAGAAGAAGAACCCCAAUUCGCUCCUGCAACUGUAAACCCUAGAAGUGCAGGAAAACACUUAUACAGUCACCGCCCAUGGAGAAGAAGGGUACAGUCACGCAACUAUCGUCCAUGUUCCCACCGGACGAAGCGCAGAAAGCUUCGAAGCGUGUGCAGGAGGUUAUUGACGAGCGCCAGCAGCAACUCAAUCAGCUCAGGGGCUUCGUUGAUGACAAUGUUAGCCUCAUAAACCUCGUCCAGAAGCUCCCAGAUGAAACCCACCACAAUAUAAUGUGUUUAUCCGCUUGCCAUCGUGUUCCAUUCGGAAAGGCAGCGUUUUUCCCAGGACGGUUGAUCCACACCAAUGAAUUUCUGGUCCUUUUAGGAGAAGGUUAUUAUGCUGAUAGAACAUCUAAGCAAACAAUCGAGAUUUUGAAAAGAAGAGGCAAGGGAUUAGAAACGCAAAUCGAAUCUCUGAAGGCUAUAAUGCUGGACUUAAAGACUGAGGCUUCGUUCUUUGAUACUACAGCAAACGAGUCAGCGGAGGGCAUUGUAGAGAUCAGGGAAGAUUACGUUGAGGUCGAUUCUUCUCAGACACCAGUCGGGUAUGAAAGCACCGACUCCGCUUCUCUUGAGAGGGACGGUAAAAAAGAAGAUGCAGAUGAAGAUGAUGAUGAAGAGUUUAGACGCAUGCAAAGGCGUAUGGAUGAACUUGAAAAAGAGGAAGCUGCUGCUGAAAGAGCAAAUGAUGAAUCCAAUGAGGAUGAGAGGUCACAAAAUGAGCCAGCUAGCGUUAUCAAUCAAACUUCUAUCAAUCAAAAAGUUAGAAGUUCUAAGGUGGAAGCGUUAGAGGUGGCAGCAGUAUCUAAAGACGGGCCUUCAAAUAUGGAUGAUCCACGACCAGACAACACUAUCAUGAACGAGGCUUUGGAGCCCUCUCGAGUAGAGGAGAAUGUUCAAUCUCCUCUUACGUCAGCAAGCAUGGCCUUUACUGGUACAAUUGUGGAGCACCCUCAUAAUGUCGAUUUUCAUUUGGCGGGACAACAAAGUGGUACUCGUGGAUCUAAACCGGUUUCAAGGCGUGACGUCAUUACGAAUAAAAGAGUCAUCUCGUUAUUGAAAAGAGAUGGUCAUCACUACACUUUUGUCGAUCAAUACCUACCAACAUUUUUGAACGAAAUGUUCGGUCAUGUUAGGUUGAUCGGCCCUUGUAAUGGUAUCGUUUGUCUUUACGGAUUUCCAGACAACAUUGCUUUGUGGAAUCCGAGCAUUCGGGAUUUCAAGAAACUACCUUUAUCCUUAGCGUCGCGCCCUCAUAAUGCUAAAGUACGAGGAGGUGAUGUUGGAGUCGGUUUUGAUUCAAAGACUCGCGAUUUGAAAGUACUGCAAAUCUUAUUCUGUGUUUCCCAAGAAGAUGGUCUUAUUUACCAUGUUGAGAUAUAUUCGUUACGAACAAACUCUUGGAAGAAAUACAAAGGUAAUGUACCGGCAAAUAUUAUGUACCAUAAUCUUUGGAGCAUGGUGUACAAGAACGGAACAUUUUGUUGGUGGGCUCAAGAUAAAAACGUUGAGGUGAUUCUUUCGUUCGAUAUGGGCAAGGAGACAUUCCAAACGACGCCUUUGCCAUCUAAAAUCGAUGAUGUUUUAGGAGGACAACAUAAAAGUACUCGAGCAAUUAUGCCAUUGAAGGAAUCGCUUGCGAUGGUCGUGUAUUGUCCCCAAGCACUCGACAAAGUUUUUGACGUGUGGGUUAUGAAUGAACUCGGAGGGAAUGGUGAAUCUUGGAGUAAGAUAGCAAGUAUUGGCCCUCUUUCGAGAGUUGAGAGGCCAUUAGGAUUUUGGAACAACGAUGAUAUCAUUUUCGAGAGUAACGUCGGAGAACUGGUCGUAUAUAAUCGUGUCGAUGAAGACAUCAAAAACCUUGAAGUUUAUGGUAAACGAAGUAGAUUGGAGAUCCACAUUCGCCCGAUCACGUCCACCCAAAUCACUCACCACCCGAACAAACUUACCACCUCUACUCGAGCCACUACACUCCUUAAAUCUAGUCGCCGCAAUUUGGGCCGGUUUAUCAUCCCCAACACUCGGCCCACCAAAACAACGUUCACCCUCAUCCCCAGAUUCGCCCUCCCUAGCCCGAUCCUCCUCCACCGUUGGGCCCACCUCACCAAGCCCAUCACCACCAACAAGCCCGCCGCCCAUCUUCACUAUCGGAGCCCGGCAAACAGGGCAGUUGGUGUGGGCCCUGAGCCACGAGUCGAUGCACGGCAAGUGGAAGGCGUGGCUACACUUGGGCAGCAGCCUCAGCGUCUCGUCCUCCUCAAACUCGCUCAGGCACACGGGACAAUCGCUGCCCGCGGUCAGAUUCUCCCCCCUUUUGUACUUAAACACGGCAAUCGAGUCUAUGACCGAGUCAGGCAGGCCCACGGUUCGUAUAUGCCACACGUGAUGGUCGACCGGGCCGGGCUCACGUUCGAGCUCGUCGAUCAGGAGGUCGUCCCCGCCGGCCGGCGGGGGAGCGGCCGAGCUCCUCCUCCUCCUCCGCCUCGAUCGGCGCCUGCGGAUGGCGAAAUAGACGAGGGAGAGAAAGAAAAAGAGAAAAAGAAAGCAGAUGGUGAGGAUUAA